AUGGCAGCCCCGGAGGACGUGGGCCGCCUCAAGCGGCUGGUGCGCGAGGCCUUCGAGGAGCUGCUGGCCGUGAAGGGCCGCCUGAGGGCGCUCGAGCGCGACGGGGGCGAUCGGGGCGCCGGGGAUGACGCCCCGGCCGGAGCCAGCCAGGCGUGGGGGCGCGGCAGGCGGGAGAAGGCGGAAAGGGGGUUGCGGGUGGGCCAGGCGACGGUGCGCGGCGCGGUGGACAUCGUGGGCCGGGCGUCAUGGGUGAAGGGACAGGAGCAUGAUGAGACCCAUUCUGUGGCCUCCCGUCUCCGGUUGUCACUGCUCGUGCCCUUUGCUGAGGGGCUGGGCACUCUGGUAACUGAGCUGACCACCAUGCCACCCGACUCAGCUGUGCAAUUGAAGAAGGUGUUGGUGCGGCGCGAAUGGCCAUCAACUGGCAUCAAGGCAACCUUGGCGGCUCGUGGAGGGCAGGCACAGGACAUUGUGCCCACUCUAAAUCCACAUGCAGAACAGGGUUUGAGCCGCGUGUUGAGCCUUGGGAGCAGCCUGCACCAGUCUUGUGAAGGCGAGGGCUUCGGGUUAUCAUGGACUAAAGGGGGAUUCAUGCUGUCAGGGGCCCGCUUCUGGAAAACAGGGCAUCGAGACCAUCCAUUGACCUCGUCCAUUGCACAAGUCGUUGUGAGCCCCCUCAGGGGACUGUCCCUUGGAGCGGUUGCCAUGCGGCAUGCAUCCACCACCCUGUGCGGCCGGAUGGGCAGCUCCAGCCCGUUCAGCCCACACCGAGUCGCAUCCAGGGAACGGAUGGACUCCCCUGCCGAGUUUGCCCACCCAGGCAUGAGUCCAAGACACACGUCUGGAAUGUCCAGAAUAGGGGCGACAGGUGCCCUCAACGUUUCUGAUGAGGUUCUGGUUUCUGGCUGGGUUGGUGUAGAUGUGGGCCGAUCCAUGCAGUUCCAGAGGCGCCUUGAGUCCUGGGGCCUGUGCGCGUCUUCGUACCCAUACCCUCAUGGCAUUACGUGGCGCACUGGAGUUGGGAGGAGCAUGGAGAUGGGCGUGCCCUCCACAACCGUGGAGGCUUCCGUGCAGGUGGACGCUGGCUCUGGCAUGCAUGUCUUCCCUGGCAUCGUCCUUCGCCAAAGGCCCGACGGUUGGAAACCCUUUCUGUGCAUGCGCUCGUUGUGGACCUUUUGA